AAGAUGGACCCUGAAAGCUCCAUAAGAAAAGGAAAAAAGCAGUUGGCAUCUACCAGGAGUUGCAAUAGGUCUCCUUUUGACAUAGAACCUUUCCCCAUAAGUAAACUGAUUGAGGAACAACUGCUAAUAAAACCAGGCCUCCCAGAAAAUUAUUUGCUUCCGACAAAGAAGACUAGCAUUGAUGGAAAAUCAGCUGUCAGAAGAUGGACCUUUGGAAAAAGAGAUGAGAGUAAAAGUACUAAAACCAUCCUUAUAGUUGGAGAAACAGGAACAGGGAAAAGUACUCUGAUCAACACCAUGGUCAACUUCAUGUUAGGGGUCAGAUGGGAGGACAGAAUUUGGUUUCAGAUCACGGAGGAGGAUGCAAGAUCCCAGGCAAAAUCUCAAACUUCUGCCAUCACAGUUUAUGAGCUGUUUCUGGAAACAAGUUCUUCAUGUCUGAGAAUUAUUGACACUCCAGGAUAUGGAGAUACCGGUGGCAGGGAGUCUGAUCAACAGAUUGCAGAGCACUUGAACGUGUUGUUCAGAUCUGAAGAUGGCAUUCAUGAAAUUGACGCUGUGGGUCUUGUCGUCAAAGCAAGUCAGAAUCGCCUUACUGACUUUCAGCAUUAUAUCUUUGAUGCAGUUCUCUCACUGUUUGGUAAAGAUAUUGAGAGGAACAUAGUGACGUUCAUCACACACUCAGAUGGCCUGCCUGCUGCCAACGUCAUUAAUGCCCUCAAGGAUGCAGAAGUGCCUUGUGCCAAAGAUACCAGAGGAAAACCCCUUCAUUUCAUGUUCAACAACCGACAAAAUGAGACCUAUGAGGAGGAUCAAGAGGUUGCCUACCAGGGUUUUUGGAACUUAGGAUACAGAAGUGUGGAGAAGUUCUUCAGUAAUCUGGAAGAAUUUAACAGAGUAGACCUACAGAUGACAGUAGGUGUUCUAAGAGACCGCAAAAUACUGGAAGCCUGUGUCCACAACCUGCAAGAUGCCAUCGAGAUGGAGGAACUGAAACAGAAUGAGCUGAAGCAGACUCAAACAGUCCUGGACCAAAAUAGAGGGAAAUAUGAGAAAAAAGUCAUGGCCAAAGACUUCACCUAUGAGGUUGAGGAGCCUUGCAGAGUCGAGAAACCAAUCCCGGUUUCAAAAUGGAAAUUGACUGGGCAAGCAAUGUGCUGCACCGUCUGUAAGGAGAACUGCCACUAUCCAGGCUGCUGGUGGGUCAGAGACAACUCCUGGUGUAGCGUCAUGGAAAACUACUUUUGCAAGACGUGUACCGGGAAGUGCCAUUUCUCUGUCCAUGUCAAAUGGAACCAGACUUACCAUUCUUCAACUAAAAAGGUUAGGAAGACUGCUGAUGAUUUGAAAGAUGCGUAUGAAAAGGAAGAGGAAAGUAAGACAGCACUCCUUAACACAAAGAUUAAGAUGUGUAAUUUGUUGGAGGAAGCCUACCAAUGCAUCAUGGAACUGCAAGAGAUGGCUCUGAAGAAGGUAGCUUUGUCCACUGAUGUUUAUCUGGGCGUAAUUAAGAAGAUGGAAGAGGCAGGAGAGGAUACAGACCAGCCACAAGAAAGUAGACUGGAGAUGAAGAUCAAAGCUCAGACGCUGAAAGAAAUAAAGGAGGCUUCACACAAGAAGGAGGGAGGGCUGGUCUUGCCAAAGUGUCAGGGGGCUGCAGCUUUGUCAUGCAGCAGUUAGGAGAGUGAAGUUGUAUGACAGGAAACGAGGCGGAGAAGAGGUGGGGAAUGGACCGGGAAACGACAUCAGGCCUGACUUGAACCUGUGUCCCCGCGGUCAAUGAAGCCUGUAAAUGGGGGGCUUAUCGGCUUGCGCCACCGUGCCCCCCAACUCUAUUGAUCUUUUGACUGUGAAUAAUAUGACUUCUGGUGUAUUAUUGUGCACACAUAUUUUCAUGACACAACUGCAUUUCCUGCAUGAGAGGGUCCAUCAGAGCGGUGUUGAGUGACCAGUUGUCAUUAGCAAUCCAGCUGCGUGCCAGUUCCUGCAUGACCGCAUCUAUAUUCUCUGUCUUGUCUUUUUUACCUUCAUUAUGGAUGCACAUUAUUUUUAUUUUUCCUUUACUUGGACAGAGUAACUAUGAGAGCUGCUAAGAAGUGGUUCAUAAUUAUGUGAGGCAGUUUAUAAUUAUGAGAGCUUUCUAUACCUAUAACAACUUGUAAAAUGGGGUUUAAUCAAGGUAUUGUUGUGAUCAUGUGCCAUAAUGUCAAAGAUAUUGGACCUCAUUCUCGAACGCAGUAAGAAAAAAUUCUUU